ACAAGAAAAUAAAAAAUCAACAAAAAAAAACCCGGAACUCAACCUUGCCCCUUAACCCGAUUGCAGGAAGGCAUAUCACGUCCGCCACCCCCAAAACAGGAAUACACACUCGAAGGCCAGCAAUGCCCCAAAUUCGAUUCGCUUGAAUCAUUCAUUUGCUCGGCGAAGGUUAAAUCUUUCCAAGUUUUGUUGGGCAGCUAGUGCGAUUUCGUGAAAUUCUAGUGUUUCCUCGUUUUGAGCUGGGAUAAAUUGUGCAUCUUUGUUCCGGAGUAAAGCUUGCUAUGUCAUUCCAGCAGGACGACAGUAGUGAUACGCCUGAUGUAUCACCACAGCCGCACCAAAAUAGAAUGUCGAGGGGUGGCCGGAUUUCCGGCAAUGGAAGGCCGGCGGCCAUGGCUUCUCACCCUUUCCCGAGAAAUAUGUAUGAUGACAACAAUAUGGAAGCAAAAAUCCACCAGCUCGAGCAAGAAGCGUACAGUUCUGUUCUUAGAGCUUUUAAAGCUCAAGGAGAUGCUAUUACCUGGGAAAAGGAAAGCCUAAUAACGGAGCUCAGGAAAGAAUUGAGAUUAUCCAAUGAGGAGCACAGAGAUCUUCUAAGCAGGGUUAAUUCAGAUGAGACAAUCAGAAGAAUAAGGGAGUGGAGACAGUCGGUUGAGCUUCAAGCAGGCAUUCACGGUGCUAGUCAAGGGGCAGCUGCACAUGAUCCGGCACCCAGUCCUUCUAUCUCAGCUUCUCGUAAAAAGCAAAAGUUGGCCCCAUCAUUGCCUUCACAAUCCUUUGGUGGGCCAUCUCCUUUUCCUCCACAGCCGAUGGCCCCAACGAAUCAACCCUUGUCCUCGGCCUCAAAGCGUGGUCCCAUGAUGGGAGGGAAAGGCAAAAAACAUAAAUCACUGCUGCCAGGAUCAUCCUCGAUGAAGAUGCAUUAUCCUCAAGGUCCUGCAGGAAGAGGGCAAUUUGGUAAUCGAAUGUCUUCCGGUGUCCUUACAAAUGAGCCAGCUGAGGGAGGUUCAUUUGAUCCUCUUAUUGGAAGGAAAGUACGAACCAGAUGGCCGGACGACAAUAACUUUUAUGAAGCCGUGAUUACCGAUUAUAAUCCAGUGGAGAUUUCACCAGAUGAUAUAAAAUGGGAAGGUGAAGAACCCGGGGUCUCUCGUCGUGGUGGGCCCGGGCAUGGAAUGAGCCGUCCUCGGGAUAACAAUGGUCCAGGUCUCGGCAGAGGGAGGGGUUUGACCAAAAGUCAACCAAGGAAAGACUUUCCACCAUCUCAGAAUGGCAUAGGAACCAAGGGACCUGACGAAAUCCAGUUGCUUCAUACCGAUACUCUAAUUCGAGAGGUUGAGAGGGUUUUUAGCUCUGGUCAUCCGGACCCAGUGGAGAUAGAGAAGGCAAAGAAAGUGCUUAAGGAUCAGGAAUUAGCACUCAACGAUGCCAUUGCAAGGCUUGCUGAUUUAUCUGAUGAUGACAGUGACGAGGGUGGUCGUUUCUUGCACGGGCAAGCGCUGGACAGAGAAUAACAAUUCAACCGGUUAAUGUUUUGGAGGGAAAAGGGAAUUUACUGAUAUUGGAGAGUCUGUAUCUCAACUGUUGUCUUCAUAUGGUGAAAAUAUGAAUUGAUGGAUUGAGGGCUGGUGAUGUAUUUUGUCUUUAACUAACUCAGUUUUUGUAAUUUUGUUUAAGAUUUGUUUAGUUUCAGUGAUUUAGCAUAGGCCAAGUUGGGUUAGCCGUUUUCUCUCUUUUUUGUCACUUAUUUGGUGUUUGUGUAAAAUAUUAGUGCCAAAAUUAGUAUGUUGAAUGUAUAAUUUUGUUCAUUUGGGUAUUUUAGUAUCUCUUUUGCCUCA